CAAAAAUUUCAAAUUUAGUCUCUCCAUGCAUUUAUGAAAACAUAAUGCUUUGUAAAGCAGGAAGAUAUGGAAAAUGAUUAUAAUUAUUCAAACCUUGUAUAUUUUGCGGCAAGCAAGAUUAAUGCCAGCACUAAGGGGAUAAAGAGUAUCAUCGAUGUUCGCAGUAUCAAGUGGGAAACAGCGUUUGUUAAACAAAUAUAACUUCGACAAACAAUGCUUCUGGUUUUUAGAGCAAGGUACACGUAUGGAAAAAAUGGACAUCACUUAAAAAGCUUGUCCUGCAGGUUAGUGUGUGUUAACUCUUGUACUGUACCUUAUCUAAUGAAAUCCGAGAGAAAAUUCAAUCAACUUCAUAGAAUCAGUGUCAUCUCUUGUUAUGAAAAUGAAAGUUCAUAUUCGUAGAGGGAGAAAAAUAAAUCCAGUCACAACCAUGCUACACCAGCUCACCUAAGUUACCAUAUACUGCGAUCCAACAAAACUGGUCCAAUUGAAGAUAGCGAACCAAUCCAAGCAAUUAUUGUAAAUGGCAGUUAAGCAAGAGACUGACAGACCUUUUCUAGGAGGAGACCAUGGCUCAGAAUCAUUCAUGUAUAAAAUGGGGUGGACGAAGAUGGGUGGACAACUGUUUGUCGCAAGAAACAGCCAUCGUCUCUUCGUGGAUUGCAGACAAAAACCAUGGAGUGGGCCGCUUCCGCCUAGGCGUGUCACACCUCGCACCACCUUCGGUGAAAUUCUGGCAGGCGCAUCGCAUUCUCCUGCGGUUCGUGGUUCCACGCGUGGCGCCGGACUUCGGAUGCCGACGGCGAGGAACGGAAAUCUUCUGCGGAUCAGUGCCGGGCGGGAUGCUGGCUUGUCGCCGGACGGCGGAAAUCUCGCCCGCAAUUUCCAAAUUGCCGUGAGACCACGCUCCUCAUUUAUGCUGGGGCGUGAUUUUCGGAUGGCGGGCCAGCCGGAUCAGCAGAAAAUAGUGGCCUUUUUAUCUGUUGUCGACUACAGCAGGAUUCGGCUCUUUCAUCGUCGCUCUGUUCUUCCUGCCUCUCCUUCCGCGACGUUCUGAUGGACGGCAGACGGGGUGGACGCGGCAAUGGGUUCAGAGGAGGCCGAGGUCGAUGGA